AGAGAAGUAGAGAACUCUUCACACAUGCAGGUCUCAGAGCUCCGCAGAAGCCCAGGCACCUUGGGAUCAGCUUGACCCAGCUGCACUUCCUUCCCCUGGGCCACAGCAGGAAGGUGACAAUCAAGAGCAGAGCGGAGCAAGUCAACCUCAGCUUUGGCACUCCGAGUCUUCAUCAAGGACAUCAUCUUUUAUCAUACAUGAAAUAAGUGUACCUGUCACAUACAGAAAAAGGAAAAUGCUGUUUUGGUUGUUGGCUCUCCUGCUCCUCUGCGCUUUUCUGUGGAACUAUAAAGGGCAGCUGAAGAUAGCAGACAUCACUGACAAGUACGUUUUCAUCACUGGAUGUGACACAGGCUUUGGAAACUUAGCAGCCAGAACUUUUGAUAAUAAAGGCUUCCGUGUCAUUGCUGCCUGCCUGACUGAAUCAGGAUCAGCUGCUUUGAAGGCCAAAACCUCAGAGAGACUUCACACAGUGCUUCUGGAUGUCACCGACCCAGAGAAUGUCAAGAAGACUGCCCAGUGGGUGAAGAGCCAUGUAGGAGAAAAGGGUCUCUGGGGUCUGAUCAAUAAUGCUGGUGUUCUUGGAGUGCUGGCUCCCACUGACUGGCUGACAGUAGAUGACUACAGAGAACCCAUUGAAGUUAACCUCUUUGGACUCAUCGACGUGACACUGAAUAUGCUUCCGCUGGUCAAAAAAGCUCGAGGACGUGUUAUUAAUGUCUCCAGCAUUGGAGGCCGGCUUGCAUUUGGUGGAGGGGGCUACACUCCAUCCAAAUACGCAGUGGAAGGUUUCAAUGACAGCCUAAGGCGGGACAUGAAAGCUUUUGGUGUUCAUGUCUCCUGCAUUGAACCAGGGCUGUUCAAGACAGAGCUGGCAGAUCCAAUCAAGACAACCGAAAGAAAACUUGCUAUUUGGAAAGAUCUGUCUCCAGACAUCAAACAACAAUAUGGAGAGGGCUACAUAGAAAAAAGUCUACACAAACUGAGAAGCAAUACCUCCUCGGUGAACUUGGACCUCUCUCUAGUGGUAGAGUGCAUGGACCACGCUCUAACAAGUCUCUUCCCCAAGACUCGGUACCUUGCUGGGAAGGAUGCCAAGACAUUUUGGAUACCUCUGUCUCACAUGCCAGCAGUUUUACAAGACUUUUUAUUGUUGAAACAGAAAGUAGAGCUGGCAAAUCCCAAAGCUGUGUGACUCAACUGACCACAAAUGCCUGCCCCCAGCUUCCAGACUGGCUGAUUUCAGAGACUUAUCACCUCCAUCUCAUUCUUUACUAGACCCAAUUCGGACUCAGUUAGACCAUGCUUCUGUUUAUAAAAGAAGAUGUUCCAUGGUCCCUUCUUAAGUCUUCUGUGAAAAUAAGGACAGAGAAGGCCUAGCACAUAAGCCAGUCUUGCCUGAUAGCGAAGCUUUGCCUGUUUGGUAAGAGAAAUUGAAAGACUUCUCCAUCCAAAAUAGGUGUGCUACUACGUGCCCCUUACUGGCUCAGUAAUCCAGAUCGUUAAGCAUUGUCUCUUAUCAAAAUGUUAAGCAAUAAGUAGUCUUUAAUAAGUGGAUCCAGUGGCUCUGUUAUCUGGCAGAGAAAAAUACUCAGGCUGGGCUUUACUACUUUCUGAUAAGCUUUGAUAAGAACAAGAAAGAGGUAAAAGGUGCUAUUACACAGACCACUGGUAUGAACUGAGAGACAGUUAGAAAUGGGUAAGAAAUAGAAGGGCAGAAAAAGACAGGAAAUGAAAGGCAGGAAGACGCCAACACAAGCCUCAUACUCCAGAGGGACCCAGAGGACACACUACUACUGUUACUGAAGUCACAGCAUCUGGCCCUUGCCCUAGAGGCACCUCACCUCCGGCUUCAUCCAGUUGCAGUCAGCUGCAACAGAGCGGAAGCACAUACCAGUUCUUCCGGCUACAGCUGCUCCUCAUUACAAGGCCAGGUUCUUGGCUCCAUCUCAUGGCUUCAGACUCUGUGGCUUGCUUACUGCUCUUUGGCUUUCCUCAUGUCCCAAGGCUACGAAGAUUUGCAGAAUCUGAAGGGAAGGCCUUCACUGAUCUUCCUAUCACGCUAGUCCAAUCACUCAGCCUUCUAAUUCUGUCUUUGUUUUGCUGUCAUCCUGAGAUUGCUUUCUACUAUUCUUAUUCCUUGAAGUAGCUACAAUUCGCUUACUCUUUCUUCCAAUCAAAAACUUAGCAUCAUGCGGUCUACCAUUAAGAGCAAGCUUGCCAGCUGCAGCAUCCUAACAUGGAUGCAGUGUGCCAGCUGCACUUCUGUUAAGCUUUGAGUACUUCCUUCUUAGCUGUAGUUCUGCCAUCAGCCUCCCCUCAGAGAAAGCUAGCUCAGCAGAACACGGUGGCUGCUCUUCACUUGUUGGUUCAGAGAUACUGUGAAGAAGCCGCUGCAUAUGUAAACUGUCCAGACUAAGGAUCUCUUCCAUUUAAACUAUCUCCAAGACCCUAAAACAUCUGUGGGUAGCUCAGCCUCGUACAUAAAGAAGAAAAUUCCCAGGGAGCUGCUAAGAAAAAUGUUCAAGUUUUGCCUUUCUCUACAGUAUUCAUUCCAAUAGUUCUUGGGGGCGUAAGACAUCACAGACUCAUUUACUUAUAUGUAGGAAUGGCCAAACGUUCUCAAAAUGAAAAACUCUGCUACCUAUAAGUGAUUUAUAUCGAUUUUAAUCUAAGUGAUGGCCUCCUGAAUUUUUGCGUGCCAAAAGAGACAGUUCUGACUGUUAUCUUCCCCUAACUCUGUGAUUCCUUCACCCUUCUUUUUGUUAAAGAGGCUCAAAUUCAGAAUCUCAUGCAUGAGCCCAUGCUAUACCACUGAGCUACACCACACCCCAGUUCGCGAUUUAUUUUUAAAAAGGAAAAUGUAAUAGUUUCCAUCUUAGUUUAUGAAGCAUUGCCCUAGCCAGAGCAAUGCUGCAAUCUGUAGUUUAACAGUUUCCAAGCUCUCUCCUUUGGGAUACCUGCCUGAGAAAGAUGCAGAUCAGCAACCCCACUUGGUGCCUGGAUACAUGAUAUAACCUGAAACGGAUCAGGCAAGGACAGCACAGCCUUCUGCCAUUUUCUACUCAGGGAAGUCAGCAACUGCCCUAAACUGAUCCUUUUCACUUCUGUUGGAGAAGUUGGAGCCAGAAAAGACUCCACUAUGGAUUUGUAGCCUAAACUGUGGACAACAGUCACACAUAGCAAAAGGUUUACCCUCAGCCUUCAGUCCAGUUUUCUUCUUCCACGGCAGCUACAACUUGAGUAUCUGUGGCAUAUAAGUAUACACACACACAUAUAUGCAUAUAUGGAAGACAUCAUAUAUAUAUAUACAUAUAUAUAUAUAUGGAAAAAUAAUGUACCUGGUGACUUAGUGGAUGCUUCCUGUGACAUAGUAUAGUUGCUCUGCCUUACAUGAACAGUUUCAUCUAACCCACACUACAUUUUAGUCAGCUAGUCAGCUGUGCGUUUUAGACUUGGGGAGAUGAAUUCAACUACUUGGGUAAUUUUCUGUAUUUUAGAGUGCUCGCCAUCUUGGGCUAGGUCUCACCUAGGCAGCCUCAUUCCAAAGCCCAUACUAAGAAUGCUGCUGUAUGAUAAAGAAUCCAGGGCUCUCAAAGUCUUCCUAAACCUCAAUUCUGAUUAUACAAAAGCAAAAACCCUUAUUAACCAGCCUGAUAUCAAUCGUGCCUGCUCUAUAAUGAUCAUGAGUACAAGUAGUAUAUAAUUUUGAGAAAAAUGUAGAGAUGCACUCACUUUUAUUUUGUAAAUUCUAUUUCUUUUUACUUAUGAUAAAUAAUAACAUUUUUACCCAGCAUUUCAGGUCUUUGAAGGUUUCUAAUUCCAUUUCUGAAUUUCCUUCCCCUUUCCCUCUCUUCUUUGUCAUCCUUGAUCCUGUUUACGUACUGUUACUUACUUGUGGAAAUUGUGAAUGCUCUUUUCUAAUCUUAAUAAUGGCCUUCAGUCACCUCUCUUCACUCAAAAUCAAGAAUUAAAAUCUUUUAGCUUUUAAGAUCAAACAAAAAGAAAGACACCAAAGAUCGGGGCAACACAAAUACCAAGUCUCUUAUUGCUGGUUUGCUUUUUGUUAUGAAUAAAAAAAAAAUAUUGG